AAUUUUAAAGGGGGUGCAAGGGAUAUAAUACUAAAUGACCAGAAACUAAUAGAAAUGGAAAAUGUAUUGAAGCCAGUCUGGUGUACAGUUCCUAUCAAAAGGAUUUUCUCAAUAACAUUUAUUAUUUAUGUGUAUUCAUUGCAUGAGGAAUGAUGAUACUGUACUUGUCAAAAAAUAAAAUGUUCCAAGUGUUAAGCUAAAUUCGUCCAGUAGUUGGCAGUAAUAAAACUCGGAAGGUGUUCUAAUCUGCCAGUUCUAAGAAACAAAAGAAGCGAGAUUAAUGCACAUCUUUAAGGGGAUAUGAUUAUUUCGCAGUGACAUAUGCGGAUCGACGACAAAAUAAACAUUGUUACACGGCUUUAACAUUUUGAACGACGCAGUAAUGUUUGGAGAAGUGGGGGGCACAAUGUUAAAAACCGGCACUAAAUGUUUUGGAAGAUUUUUAUUCUGGAUUGAUUUCACUAAAUAUGUUACGCGUAUUUGCUUACUUGAUUGAAAGUUCCGCGCAUUUAUUUCAUCGUUGGCCCCUCUUUAAAGAGCGCUCUUUAGCACUGGGUACUCCCUCUUUGUCUUUUCCGUUCCUCAGAGUAGAGAACUCCUUAUAAAUAAACAGAAGAAGCCACAUGAUCAGUCAAGUGCAGCCUCAACAGCUCCAACCUGAGGCUUGAAAAGGAAGCAUUUGUCCCAGCCUGUUUAUAUCGGUGGGGAGAUUUGACACUGGACCUCUAUUUGUCCUCUUUGUUAUUCCACGUUUCCUCAAUUUGACUAUUUCGGUUUAUUUUCAUAGGUCAGCUGUUCCUACCAGUUGCAUAUUACAAGGAAUUAUAUUUUUUGUUCUCGUUCCAUUCGAUCAAAUAAAAAGAUGAGGACUUUUCCACAAAAGGAUAAUAAUUAAACAAGCUUUACUGCGGGGAAUAAACGAGCGACAUGAAGAAUACAGGAAGAAGUCUUUCGGAUUGCCGUGGAUAAUUGUGACACCGGGGCGCCCGUGAUUGCCAGUCAAUGGCUUAAGCUGAGCAUUCGCCACCGCCGUCAUCGUCGUUUUCUUCCUCGUCCCCUCGGCCUGCGUGUGGAUGUGGCGCUCCUUCGUUCACGCAGAGAACUGGAAGCAGCAGCGGUGAGCAGCACGGGCGGACGAGCGCCUCGUGAGCGGCUCCUUUAAGAGUGUCAUCGCUCACAUUGACGAAAUUGUCUGCUCUGUUUUCUGCUGCUGCUCGAGUGGAAGUCGAGACUAGCAAGCGAGACAACCUUUACACGAGGGUGCUGGCAUCCGGACAGGACAACUUGUGCGCGCUACGCCCAGAAGUUUUUUUUUUUGCCUACAACAGAACGGAGCUCUUCCACAUCGAACCCGAUGUUUUGGCUUCCUUGUAGAGCGAGUGAAAGCGCCGCGAGCCUCUCUCGGCAGGUGUGGGGAUAAGAAGCUCUGAGGCUCAAGCACGACCUCCGCGUUCAUGAAACUUUGCCCCAAUAUUAGUGCUGGGAGUAUGAAGCCUGCCGAAAUUACUCCAAGGGUGCAGUGUACAAUCAAACAGAACACACUUCGUCAUGUUAAGGUAAAACAGAAGACCUCUGUGUUGAACAUGCUAAAACGGUUGGACAAAAUAAGGUUCAGAGGACACAAGCGAGACGAGUUCCUUGAUUUAGCUGAAUCUCCCAAUGCUUCAGACAAUGAAUGUAACGAUGAAGUUCCAGUGAAGCAACGAACAUCUUUUAAGGAAACUGAUGACUUAAGAGACCUUGCUGUUCCAGGAAACCUUGCUAUGGCUGCUGCAAUACAGGAUUUCCAGAGAACAGAAUCUGAAAGAUUAAAUGAAAUCAAGGGUCAUCUGGAAAUUGCUUUAUUGGAAAAGCAUUUCUUGCAAGAAGAAUUGAAAAAGCUUCGAGAAGAAACUAAUGUUGAAAUUCUAAAGCAAGAGUUGGAAAAAGAAAGGUUAAAAAGAGUAGAAUUGGAACAUAAGGUGAAUGAAUUACUAAAAACAAGGGCAGAGGAAUCUGCAGCACAGCAACUAGCAAAAAGCCAGGUUACUGCAAAUGGAACAGAUAAACGAGGAGAUACUUUCUGUUCUAGAUUUCAAAAAUGGUUUUAUGAUAGGUUUGGAGUGUAUGUUGAAGACUUUCGUUUUCAGCCUGAAGAAAACACCAUAGAAACAGAAGAACCUUUAAGUGCUAAAAGGUUAACAGAGAACAUGAGGAGAUUAAAACGAGGUGCCAAACCUGUCACAAACUUUGUACGGAACCUUUCUGCCUUAUCAAACUGGCAUUCAGUUUAUACUUCAGCAAUUGCCUUUAUUAUAUAUAUGAAUGCAGCCUGGCAUGGAUGGGCCAUUCCAAUGUUCCUGUUUUUAGCUAUUUUGAGGUUAUCACUGAACUAUCUCAUCUCAAGGGGUUGGAGAAUACAGUGGAGCAUUGUGCCUGAAGUCUCAGAACCUGUGGAACCUCCUAAAGAAGAUCUUACCGUGUCAGAAAAAUUUCAACUUGUUCUUGAUGUUGCACAAAAAGCACAGAAUCUCUUUGGCAAGAUGGCAGAUGUUUUGGAAAAGAUUAAAAACUUAUUCAUGUGGGUCCAACCAGAAAUAACACAGAAGCUCUACAUAGGAUUAUGGAUUGCAUUUAUAGCUUCUUGCUUUCUUCCUUACAAGCUGUUAGGAUUUAUAAUCGGAGUAUAUGCUGGGAUAAAGUUUUUCAUAAUAGAUUUUAUCUUCAAAAGAUGUUCAAAGCUUCGAGACAAGUAUGAUACACCUUACAUUAUCUGGAUGAAUUUGCCUACAGACCCACAGCUCAAAGAGAGGUCAAAUGCAACAAUGUCAAGACGGGUCCAGCCUGUUGUUACAAGAUCAAGUCUUGGAACACCCACCCCUACUGGUAUUAGUAGGGAAGAAGAAGGGGGCAGGUCACAUAGCACCAAAAAAGGCAGUUUUCAUGAAAUAUUUAACUUGUCAGAAAAUGAGCGUCCUCUGCCAGCAUGUGAAAAUGGCUGGCGCUGCUGCUUAAUUAACCGGGACAGAAAGAUGCCAACUGACUACAUUCGCAAUGGAGUACUUUAUGUAACAGAAAAUUAUUUAUGCUUUGAAAGCUCGAAGUCUGGUUCAUCCAAGAAAAAUAAAGUAAUUAAGUUGAAAGAUAUUACAGAUAUUCAAAAGUAUAAAGUCCUGUCUGUUCUACCUGGAUCUGGGAUGGGCAUUUCCAUUGCAACACCAUCUACACAAAAACCUCUAGUGUUUGGUGCCAUGAUACACAGAGAUGAGGCCUUUGAAACGAUAUUUACCCAGUAUAUGAAAAUAAUGACUGCAGCUUCCACAAGUGAAACUUAACAGCACGUCGGCAAAGACCAACUAUAUCCUUGGUUUGGCAGAGGGGCAGGGAAAUUGUUUCCUGCUUUGCAAUACUUUUUCACCAUAGUGAAAUGUACAUUGUACAGAUUGUGGAUUUUAUAUUUGCCUCCAGUUUUUUUUCUGUUUUGUUUUUAUUACUGUAAUUAUCACUGCAAGCCUUGCACAGUAAGCACUUUUAGCAUUUGUUUGCAGGUGCUUUGAAAGUGUAAAAAGAAAAAAAAUGAAGUUCUGUCUGACUGGAACAUAGUAAAACAAAGCUGAUGUUUUUUUUUUUCUUUUUUUAAUUUGUAAUUUUCACUUACAGUAUGUUCCAUGGUUUACUAUUCUGGAAUCUAAACACAGUGAACAGUAUAAUUUUUUAGGUCUGCAAUCUUUUUAUUUCAAAACAUUGUUAUUUAGUAAGUAAAUACCCUUUUCAUAUCAAGUAUAUAAGAAAUAUUUUUUUUUUACUAAGUUGUCAUAGAGCAACAACAAAAAAAAUAAACACCCUCAGAAUUGGGACUCAGGGAUACACAAGUCCUAAUGCUAAACCACAAGUUAUAUUGUUUUUAGUGGAAAUAACUACCAUCUUAAAAGUAUAGCAAAUAUGUAACUUAAAAAUUGUUAAGGUUCUUAAUUUGCUUUAAUUAAUGUGCGAACUGCUUUGUAUCAGAUGAACAGAAAGCAAAAAUAUACAUUUAAUAUAUAUAUAUAUAUUAAUUAGAUAAAUUAAGUGCAUCAAGUAUUUAUUGAUCUGAAUUGACAGGUUUAUAAUAGGUCAUUAGUCUCAGGUAUUAUAGAAGAAUAAUACACUGUUUUUCAAUCUUCUUUUCAGAGAUAAGAGACUUCAUAUUUCUCUCUAAUUUUGAUGUGUUUAGAAUGGCAUUAGUAAGAUGAGAUACUGAAGCCCAUCAGUAAAUUUAAACUACUGACCUUACCUACUAACUGUAAAACUAUUUAUAAUAAGACUGGAAGUAGUUUAUUUCUCUACAACGUUUUUUCAUUCCAAUCUUAAUUACUAUGGACUUGAGUGUUUUUAAAUAAUCACUUCUCCAUACUUCCUGUAAAACAGGCUGUAGUUCAUAAGAAAUCAGCAACAUUUUAGCUAUGUUUAAAGAACACAUUUUUUUCCAUUGAAGCAGACAGUAGUGCUUUUCACAGCAUUUAAAGAGGUUUCAGACAUGUCACAUUGUUUUAAUAUUUGUGUUAAAGCUACAGCCAUACCAAUUUAAAUCUUUAUCACUAUAAUCAUUUUCUGGCACAAGGAGCUUACAACUUUACUCUGUGUUUUUAGAGAUUUACAGACCAUGUGCCCACCUUUUCAGUAUACAUUACAAUUUAAUAUUUGUUGUUAAAAAUUCCUAUUUUACUUCAAUCCAUUACUUAAUCUAUGUUACAGCAGUUUUCUUUCCAGAUGAUUUAAAGUUAUGGGUUUUUUUCUUGUUAAAAUCUAAGAACAUCAAUCCUGAUUGUUACACUUAAACCUUAUAUUUUGAGUGUUUUUACCUAUCACUAUGAUUUACAGAGUUUUUGCAGUCAUGGAUUUUACUUCAAUUAAAAAAAAAGUGUGAAGGAGAUCCAGGCUGCUGCUUGCACACACCGGUUUCUAGCAGGCUGUUCUUCUUUUUCUGUAAACUAAGAGCCUUCCCUAAAAAUGCUAUUUCUCAAGUGUGGUUCAUUUCAUAUUAUCUUCACUUCCGUGUCCUUGUUGAUAGAAGUACCUUUGGGUAAGAGCUAUUCUUUUUAACAGCUUAGAUAUGUAUAUCCAUGCAAUAUUUUCUCCAGCUGUCUUUGCAAUUGUAACUGUGUCUAUGUCUUUAAAGCAUCAAGACUCAAACCCCACCCCCUAUAAUUUUUAGGCUUCUGGUUUCCAAAACCACUAUUAUACUUAUCUCCAAUUUGUGUUGAAACUUCUGAAUGUGCAUACUGCCAACUCCACUGUCAUACAGAGCCAUUCCACUUCAUACCUGAAAGGAAUUGGUAGUCAUGUAUCUUGUAAUGUUCUGCUUUAUUCCAGCUGCUUUCUAGAAUGCUGUGUUGGUCUGAAACCCAUCAUAUAAGAGUACAUUAAUAUUAAAAGUGAUACCUUAACACGAAAAAGGCAACUUGCUGAAGCUCCUGACUUUGUGUCAGUUAGUGGUGUAUCUGACGUAAACACUAUGAAAUAAUGAUCAGUUCUGAAACUCUUCUUGUGCUAGUCUAGGUCUCACAGAGAUCUCUCAUGCUUUAGACAAAAUGUCCAAGCUAAGACUCAUUCACAUUUUUUUUUACUAAACUACUAUAUGCAUUUAUGCCUCUGCAACAGUAAAUUCUAUUCAUGAUCAGAAGUGAUGGAAUGGAAACUCAAGUUUGCGUUUCUUCUCUGUCACUGAGGGUUUUAGUUGUGAUAAAGUGUACAAAGAUGAGAAAUAGGCAAUUUUUGUAAUGUAAACCUUAAGUAAUUUAAUGGUAAAGUGAUCAGUAAAAGUAAUUCACGAGGUUUAACUGUUCUGAAGAAGAACUCAGUGUUAAAGAAUUUCCUAUUGACAUGUCUUUGCUCUUACGAGAUACUGUCAAAAUUCAGACAGCUGGUGUGUCCUCAGGUGAAUAUUUGCUUAGUGAAGACCUUGAAACAUGAAGACUGUAUUUUCACUAGUAUCUGAUCAGUGAUUCAGUGGACCAGUGUUGAUGAUUGUUUAUCCUGUGAGAAAAUAUCUUUUAACUACUUUUUAAUUUAGACUUUUUAAUAUUAAUAUAACAGCUUAGCCACUAUCAUCAAGAAUAUGCCACAACUUAAACGCUUUAGAGAUAUUGUCAAUGACCUAUACACUGAUUGCACUUGACAUGCAUCUUUUAUAUGAGGGCUAACAAUUUAAAUAUGUAGAUUUUCUGAGUGUCAUACUAUUUACCUUCAUUCAUUUUAAUGCUGACAUUUUUUAAAAGUUAACUGGUGCAUCUCAACAUAUACAAAUAGUCCUUGGACAAAUAGGUAAAAACAUGUAGGUUUGUUACCGUUAUCUGUGUUAACACUUACAGCUCCAUUACAAACAUAUUACAAUUAUUCUGGUCUAUGCAAAAUGAGGAUGUGCUAUAAUUAAUCCCUCGCACUUUUGCUGACCUUGGGUCCGUUUUUGCAGGGUGUGAAAGAAAUGUUUACUGUUGGGAAAAACCAAAUGGCUGCCCAAAUCUAUGUAUGUGUAAUUGUUAUAUUUGGCCCACACUGACAGUGCAUUCCAGCUCAAUUGACAACUGAGGAUGGAACACUCCUUCAUUUAAACCUAUUAUUACUUAACUUGUCUUGUGGCACCCUGAGCACUGUAAUACUCAAUGUCAGUUGUGUUUAGGGUUAAAGAAACAUAUAGUAAUCUGAAAUUAUUGUCUUAAGUUUCAGCUGUUUAAUGCAGCAUAUCUAAUAAAAUGGCCAAAAGCACUCUGGGUUUCUGCAACUAAUCAUGACAUUGAGAUUUUAAAUAUACAGUAAUUCUAAAAUACAAAACUGUAUGGGUUUCCUUCUAGCAUUUUUAACCAAAAUUAAUUUGAUUCUAAUGUAAGGCAAAUGUACAAUGCGAGCCUGAAAACCAGGAAGCACUACAAGAUCAUCACCCUAAAUUCAUGUAAUAGUUUAUCAGAUUAUGUGUUAGCCCAAAGUAUUUUACUGUGGGGAUUGACAAGAAGAAACAAUCAACAUCACAAUGCUAAACAAAUUUAGGAGCUCAUUUUGAUGUCAUGAUUUGGGAUAUAUUGAUUAAUGAGAACUGUUUGUUUGUUUAGAAAAUUAAUUCAGAAAUUACUGCUUCUGGUUGUCUUUCUGACCAGGAAAUCCAGUCUGUGCAAUGCUGUAAGUAAUACCUAAAGGUUAACUCACAUUUUAUGUUGUAUGCUCCCUUUGUUACAAGUAAUAGCUUAUUUUCAUUUUUUCCUUUUGUUCAUCAUCAUCAGGUUUACCCAGUUUGGCUGGUUGCUCCCCAGUUGUUGUUAAACCUUUCAAAUAUGUCUGAUAAGCUAACAGAAUGUACACCACUUAAGGUGUUGAGUUUUCUUAGGUUGCUGAUGCAUUCUGCUUUAAAUUCUUAAUUGUCCACUGCCCCUGAUACACACACACACUCUCUUUGAAGUUGUGCAUUGCUUUUACGUAAUGUACAUGAAAACCAAACAAACCUGAUGAAGAUACUAUAAUACAGAUAAGGAGAAGCCCAGAAUGUAUUGUACUUGGUAGUGUUCUUUGCCAAAUAAAUGUCUCUUGCUUUUUUUUUCCUUUUCUUUUCUUCAUUCUUUCUUAGUUUUUAGCUCAAUUCCUUUGGCCUGAGCUGAAAUGUUUACAUAAAACUGGUUUAAGCUCCAGUACUUUAAAACUUCCAUUCUGGAAGCAAAGAAGCUGGUUUGACUCCCGCAGUUAAAGGAGUAUGAAAACCAGCUCAAUAUGUUUUGUAAUGAAGUUUCAUUGUGAGAGGUGAGUCUCAUCUGAAUAGACUUUUGACAAUCCUGAAAGCACAGGUGGCAAGUGUACAGUGCAGUUACAUGUUGAGAAGCUCCAUAUUUGAUUUGCCAGUCAGUCUCAUUUCAUUUACAGCAUGAGAGCAGGGCAUUCUGCCAUCAGGCAAAUCUGCAAAAUUUUAAUGUCGGGUUUUUUGUUUUUGCUUUCUAUUUCAAUUGCAGAACUUGAAGAAACAUUUUAUAUAUAUACACACACACACACACACACACAUACAUACAUAUAUAUAUAUAUUUAUAUAUUUAUAUAUAUAUAUAUAUAUAUAUUUAUAUAUAUAUAUAUGAGGAAAGUUCUUAAUUGAACAGUACAGGUGGCAGAGCAGCACAAACUGAAGGCAGGUUGAAUUAAAUAGAAAGAGAAAGCAAACAUGGAAGGAGAGGAUUGUCAUUUGCAUCCAGAUUUGGGACCACAAUGUUCUGCAGUUUUUAAUAAUGAAAUGAGACUUUAAUAUGUAACUCUAGGUGUUGAAGUAUUAGUUCUUAAAAUGUGUACAUGUUUGCAGACUAUUUUCAUAAUAUUCCUAAUCAGUAUAAAAGAAGGAAGGAAAGUCAUUUUAAAACUGUCAAUAGUUGUUUGUAGCGGGAAAGAAACGAUACAAGAGUUUAUAUUAAAAAAAGUACAAAUUUUCUCUAAAGUUUUUAAAGAGAACAAUGUUUAUUGUAAAAACUGUGUUGUAAUUUUUUUAUUUAAGUAAAAUUAAUUCUAAGUAACUCA